ACCCCUGCUCCAAGAGCACUGCUGAGAAAGGGUGGAGGCUGGGUGGGUCGAGAGUGCUUAUCUUUUCUUUUUCCUUGGCCGGUAGCCGUAGGACUCUUUAAGAGCGCAAGAGACUCACACAGAAGAAGCACGCAGCAGACACCCAGCAGACUCCACCUCCAGCUCUUUCCGCUGCGGGCUGUAGAGCUCAGCAUUGUUGCAGCAUCUUUGGAAACACCUCUGCAGUCAGUCUCCAUCAGCACAGCAUCGGAAGAGCCAAUCCUGUUACCCGCAGGCUCUACCAGACACUGUGGGGAGCUUGUGCUGAGUCCUCCAGCUGACUUGGCUGCACUGCUGACUGCUCCUUUUACACUGGAAUUCAGAAGCUGUGAGUCCCUGUGUUACCACCAUGAGCUGCAGGGAUGGUGCUGGCUGGACCACGGACACCUGCUGAACCAGCAGAGCUGAGUAUCACAUGACAGGUUUUCUACAUUAACAGCAGGAUUUCCUUCAUCAAAGGCCAUGGAUUACACAACAUUACCUGUGAAUGAAUGGGAUGAGAAUCAUGUCCAAUGCUGGCUCGAAUCUACUGGAAUCAAGAAAGAGUAUGUAAAAAAGCUACAUGCAGAAGAAGUGACAGGUCCAGUGCUAAUGGAACUGGAUGAAUCUUUCCUGAAAGGCAUUGGCAUGAAGGCAGGACAAAUCCACGUGUUAAUCCGCAAGAGAAAUGAACUGCGGCAGCUGAGUGCUCAGCAAGCCAAGAACUCCAGCAGCAAAACCUCCAACAGAGCUGAUGCACAAACAGAUCCAGAACAACCCAGAAAUGCUUCUGCUCAAAAAACUUCAAGUGGAGGCAGCUGUGGUCCAGGAGACAAAACUGAUGGAGACAAUGCAGGUUCUGGUUCUGGCAAGAAGCAGAGGAGAAGUAACAACUCCCAGACUAGAAGUACUGAUGAAGCCUUAGAGCUCAGCAACUGCCGGCCUUUCAGAAGUCAGAAUGCUGAUUUCAAAUAUGUGAAAAACAGAGUUCUUCCUCCAGAAUCAGGAGUCAGUGAUCUGAUCACUCCUUGCCAUGAAUACAAAUCUUUUGCCAUUGCUGCAGAACUGAAAAAAAGCCAACUGCAAUCCAAGUUUGCCUCUGAAGUAAUAAGAUUUGCUUCAGCCUGCAUGAACAUUCGAACUAACGGCACCAUACAUUUUGGUGUCAUGGACAGCAUUGAUGACAAGACUUGGAAACAUGGACAGAUAAUUGGCAUAAAGGUCAAAGAGCGAGAACUCUAUGUGGAUGCAUUAGAUUAUAUAGAAAAAUGCUUUUCUGAAAAUCUACAAGAAAUUGCAAGGAAAUGUAUUCACCCACCUGUUUUUGUUGAAGUGAUUUCAAAAGACUCUCAGGAACAAAGAUUUGUGGUGGAGGUUGACAUUGAACCAACACACAGUUUAGUGAAAAACGAACUGUUUGAAGUGUAUUUGCCAAAAUAUAAAGAAGACAGCAAGAAGGUGAUCCUGACAAAAGAUCGAGUUCUCUAUCAGAGACUAGGAGCAAAGUCUGAACCUGUAAAGGACAAUGAUAAAACUACUUUCAUUAAAGGUUUACAAGGCAGAGAUGCUCAUAGAGAAAAAGCUGAGCUCUCCAGUGCAGAAGUACAUACAGAAAUACCUCAAAAUUUAGGAAGAAAGUUAUCAGUUCUACUAAAUGAUGGCAAAAGCUAUAUGGACGAUUCCCUGAGGUACAUCCUUGUCACAAACAGAUGUGAACAGCAUAAUCUGAACAAUGUCAACUUCUUAAUGCACUUGAACAUUUUCUGUGUCUUUGACUUCGAUGAAGAUUCUAAUGUGUCAGGGUUGUACAGCAAGUUCAAAGAACACCAUGCAACAAGGUCUUAUUUUUUACAGGAUUUUUCCAAUGAAAGUAAGACUGCCAUCCCUACCCCUCAGAAACAUUUGUGCUUGUUUGAUCAGACCAGCUGGGUAUUCUGCAAUGGGCGCAGCGACUUCCACGGAGAUGAAAAGCCUUGUGAUGACAAUACAUGGACCAGAACAAAAAGAAAAUACCUUAAGAAAGCCAUCAGUUACAUCUGUGAUGAAAUCCUGCCAAAAGGGUCUUUCAUUGUGCUCUUCCUAUUGCUAUCUCCUGCCCAGAAACCACUUGUGGACACUUUUGAGGAAUUCUAUACAGAGAUGAAUGGCACAGAGUAUAUUGUUUGCAUUGCAGAGUCCAGAGAAAAUUACGAGAAGUGGGCAAAUCUAGCCCAGAAAUCCUGCAGCAUCGAGACACUUGAACAAUACAGUAUUGUGGGUAUGAAACUAAGUCAUGUUGAUGCCACCAUUCAAGCAAUGCUGCCUUCCACAGCACAACCCAGGCAUCUGCCCGUUUCCACCAGAGGGCUGUGCACACUUCCCUUGCUGGAAGAAGAGAAAAUGUAUUCCCUAGAAAUCCUUUGUGCUGACCAAUGUGACGACAUCAAAAUAGAUCUCUUGACUGAAAAAGAAAUACAAGAAAUAGAACAAAACUUCUACCGAGGGAGAAAAAUCAUCUGGGAAAACUUCUGGCUUGCUGACACAAGACGCUGUGGGGAAAUCAUUGAACGUGAAGCAUGCAAGGAUGCAAGCAAACUCUUAGGUGAUAUUUUGCGAGGAAGUGGAUUCAACUAUUCCGUGGCUAAACUAAAGAUAUUUCACCAUCCUGGAAGUGGUGGAAGCACAAUCGCACGGCAAGUUCUAUGGAAAAGAAGAAAGGACUUAAGAUGUGCUGUUAUAAAAACCUCAUACUCGCCUGCAACUGUUUGUGAGCAUGCACUUGCAUUUAGAGAUUAUGAAGAAAAAGAAAUCAGUCACUGUCUUCCUGUGCUCCUCCUGAUUGAAGAUUAUGAUGAAGACUAUUUAGAAGAACUAAGGAAUGAGUUAAUGGAUGCUGUAGGAACCAGGAAAAUUAAUUCCCCCAGACCUUACUUCAUCCUCAUGUGCUGCAGACGAUCCAAUGACCCUGAAAGGCUUUGCAAGGUUUCUCCACUGGACACAGUUUCUGUCACUCACAAGCUGACGGACUCAGAGAAAAGUCUGUUCAAAGCUAAACUUGAAAAACUGAAGCAGAAAGAUGUCAGGCCAGAAUUCAUACUUACCUUUGUCCUGAUGUGUGAGGAGUUCAAUGAAACAUACGUGAGAGAUUUUGUAGGGCACAUACUGCAAGACAUCGACCGCUCUUCUCGUGACACAUUUUUGAUGCGUUAUGUGGCUUUGCUUAAUUUUUAUGUACCUAAUUCAUAUGUUUCACUGUCACACUGUGAGGCUUUUCUGGGACUUGGGGUAUAUACAGAAAGGAAAUCAAGAGUAUAUGAUUUCAAAAGUAACUUGAGUGAACAAGCAAGAAUGAUUUUUAUUGAACUAAGAGAAAGUACCACCUACAUUUCAUCUGUUCGGAUAAUACACUGUCUGGUCGCAAAAGAAAUUCUGUAUCAGCUUUCAGGGAGUGAACCUCAAAGUCAACUUGCAAUGGCACUUCUUCAGGAAAAGACACUCUUUGAAAACAGAUUUGGACGAGAGGAAUUCAUCAAGUUCAUCAGAGAUCUGUUUAUUCGACGUGAUAAAAGAAGCAGGGGUGACAAUACUGAUACUCUCUUUUCCCCAUUCAUUGAGCAUGUCUGUGAAGCUGAAGACUGUGAAAAAGCUAUAGCUGUUUUAAAAGCUGCAUAUGAACUCCUUGGCAAAGAUCCUUUUUUUGCCCAGCAGCUUGCCAGACUGCACUACAGCAAUGAAAAAUUUAAAGAUGCAGAAUAUUGGGCAGGGGUUGCAAAACUUCAUUUGCCGAAUGAUUCUUAUAUUUUAGAUACAGAAGGUCAAGUCUACAGGAAAUGGUUUAAUUUUACUGUGGAUAAAAUGACACAGGAAGACACUCCUGAAAGCAUCAUUGAAAAGAUAGAGAUGGCUCUAAAAGCUAUGAAAUGCUUCAAGGCUGCACAAAGGGCUGCAAAAGCAGAACGAGACAGUAUGAACAACGCUGGCUAUUUUGGAGAAGUUGAAGUAGGAUGUCGUCUUCUUAGAUUUUUGUCCACAGUCCCUGUAUUCUGCAGAAGUCCAGAGGGGGAAUAUUCUGAGCUCGUGAAAUACCUGAUCACAGAUUACAUCCCUAAAGACAUUGAAAAACCAUGGGGAAGGCUUCAUGCACGCUUAAAAGGUUUACGCCAGAACCUGUAUGAUGCUCUGGAAUGGAUCUCGGAAGACCUAAGUUAUUUCCAAACAGAUAAACACCAGGAGAAGGAAGAGGAAGAUGAAAAAGUUGAAAAGGAAGAGCAAAUUUAUAACCCCAGAAAAUGGCUAAAAAGACAGUCAGAAGUAUAUGCCAAAUUCUUCAUCUCAGCAUCACAGAUGGAAGUCACCAAUGGUGGCCCUGACAGCCAUCUGAUCAGGCGCAUGAAUAUUUAUAAGAGCGGUGGAGGUAGUGUCACUAAUAUCCUGUCAUUCUUAACAGAUAAGAAAGAGAAUAGGUCAGCUGACAAGCUAGAGAACAUCCUCAGUUUCUAUACAGAAAACCCACUAAGACUAGAGGACAGUGAUUUGAUCAAUUACAUUUUGUGCCACAUCACAUUAGCAUGCCUAGCACCAGGAUCAGGUAAACUUGUUCCAAUGCUAACUCUUCGUGAUCUCAGUGCAAGGUUCUUUAAAGGAAAAAGGCCAUUUCCAGCAAGUGCCUAUUUUUUGCUCACCUUGUUGUACUGGCCAGAUGAGGCAUUAGACAAAGAGCCUCAUCCAGAAAAAGAUGAAAUUCUUAACACAGCCCUUCAAACCUUGGGACGUUUAUAUGACAUCAAGAUGAAAGAUGUUCCUACCAGAAAGAAAAGAAUCUACACUCACUUUUUUCUGGGGAAGGGUUAUGGCUUAGGCAAGAUUGUGCACAAAACUAAAAUUGAUAAAUUAAUCAGUGGGUCCUUAGAUGAGAGGAGAAUGAAGUGGCUCCAUGGAACUGUAUGGAAUAUUGGCAAAAUUCGUGAAAUUCUCAAACGAGUUUCUGGUUGGACCAAGGACAGAAAAUUAUUUAUCCGUGGUCACGUGAAGGAGUUUCCUAUCUUACCACUUCAUCUUGAUUCAGUACCCCCUGGAAAUGAAAACGUGACCUUUUACUUGGGCUUUUCAUUUAGAGGUCUUGUUGCUUUCAAUAUUGAGGUUGAAAAUGAGCCACCGUUCAACAGAACAAACACUUAAUAAUCAUCAGCACCUACUGUGCUGUUAGACAACACAGUACUGGAAGUGACCAUUGUCACACUGAAAACACAGAAUGGGCUGCAGUGGCUGAGCAUCAGACAGCAAGAUAACCAUACUUUUCUAAAGUAAUGUCUCAGUUUCUGAAAAAAAAUAAAUAUAUACCCUGAGACAAAAGCCUCUGAUAGUUCUGGGGUCACCAAAAGCAAGAUUUCAAACUUAAGAGAGCAAUAAUAACAGGGCUCAUAUGCUUGGGACAAAAGAACCAUUAUUUUUCCUCCCCACUCAUGAAUAUUUGGGGAACUGAGAUCUGGAGCAAGCACUUAUAGCAGGGAGCCCUUCUUAGCUCAUAAAUUAGGAUUUUAAAUUAAUUUCUGGGUGCUUUUGAUCAAUAACAUAAUUUAUCCACUAUGACCACUUGUUUUUCUUCAUUCUGAAGCAGCAACAGAAAGGUCAAGUGAACUUUUAACAUGUAUAUUCCACUAUAGACUUUGCUCACUAAAAUAUACAAAAUAUAUCUACCCAACAACUGCAAACAUAAGGAUUGAUAAAAAAUAGGUUUACAAUUUCAAACUCACUCUUACAUUGCUCCUCCAUGUAAAUAUGACAAACCAUACUAGAGGUAUCUGUCUAUGGGAAGGGGUGCAGAGAUGUGUUAGCUGUUAGGUAUUUGUAAGCACUGUUAUUUCCUGCACUUGGUGAAAUGUUCUUGCAGCAUUAUCCAAUAAAUGUACAGAGUACAUAAUUCAGGUUUUUUGUACUGUAUACAUCUGCAUUUAAAAAUAUUCUGUUGUCUAGCCUGAUUUAGCCAUUUGAAAAAAUGCAAAGGAGCCUGCUUCUAGCACUAUGUCUACAACCAUCUUGUUAUAUUAAGCUUCUAAUAAUAAAGCUUAUUCUUGGAGUUUCAC